CUGCUUUGUUUCUUUAGACUCAGCUGAGGGAGUUUGGUGAUGAUAAAGUUGUUCUUACUUCACUCAAUGAGAGAGCAUUGGUUGCAUUGCAAGGCCCUAAGAGUGCUAGUGUCCUUCAGGAAGGAGUCAAAGGAGAUUUAUCUCAGCUCAAGUUCAUGAGCAGUGCCCUCAUGAGCCUCUUUGGUAUCCCAGACUGUAGGGUCUCUCGCUGUGGCUACACUGGAGAAGACGGUUUUGAGAUAUCUAUUCCAAGCACUGAUGUUAUUCGGUUGGUUGAUACUUUAUUAGCUGCUGAUCCUGUCAAAUUGGCUGGACUGGGUGCAAGAGAUGUGCUGAGGCUAGAGGCUGGGCUGUGUCUCUAUGGCAAUGAUAUAUCUGAAGACACUACACCAAUUGAGGCUAGCUUAGCUUGGUGUAUUGAUAAAACCAGACGGAAAGAUGGAAACUUUUUAGGAGCUGGUCCAAUACUUCAGCAGCUAAAGGACAAACCUUUUAAAAGGCGGGUUGGAUUAGAACUUAAAUCAGGGCCGCCAGCUAGGGAGGGUUGUCAGGUAAUAGAUAGUGAUGGACAGGAAAUAGGUAAGGAAUAAAAUGCAAUU